CGAGCGCCUGCCAUGCCCAUCAGACCCCGCCUCGCCGCGCCCGGGCACGGAGCUCGCCCCGACUCCCUGCGGCCCCCGGCCCGGCCCGGCGCGGCCCCCCGCCCUCCGCGCCGGGUCUUCCCCUCCCCCCGCCCCGGCGGCCCCAGCCCCCCGCCCGGCCCGGCUCCUCGCCGCUCUCCCGCCCUCUUCUCUCCCUCCCUCCCGGCCGCGGAGCAGCAUGGCGGAGCCCGGGCAGCGGCCGCGCGGCCGCCCGCCGCCCCUCUGAGCCGGGCUCGGGGGCAACCGGGCGCCCUGGACCCGACCCCCGCCCCGCCGAGCCCUCCGCCGCACUUGUCCCGCUGCGCGCCCCCUGGAGCGCCGCGCACCCCUGGGACCCUUGCGCGCCCCGGGUACCCUGCAUAACCUCGAGACCUCGGUACUGCCUGAGGAAGCCGGCGUGCCCCUGGACCCCGACGUGGCUUGGGGACCGCUGCGCGCCCCAGAACUCCCGCGCACUCUCAGAGCCCCGGGGCUUGGCCAACGGGGCCGCGCGCGCCUUGGUGAGGGGCCCCGCCCCAGAGAGACCCCCAGGUCGGGCAGGGACAGUCAGCCACGCCCCAAAGGGCUCCCAGCAUCCCGCGGCUGGGGCCCCGCGCUCUAGAGGAAGCUCCGUGCCCAACUGGGGUGUUGGGGGGCUCCCCGCCCUGCUGAGGGGGCGCCGCUCGGGAGGGUCCCCGCGCCCGGCCGGUCCCGGCAGGAUGCACGCCGCCGUGGCGGGGCCGCUGCUCGCCGCGCUCCUCGCCACAGCCCGCGCCCGCCCGCAGCCCCCCGACGGAGGACAGUGCCGGCCGCCCGGAUCGCAGAGGGACCUGAACUCCUUCCUGUGGACGAUCCGGCGGGACCCCCCGGCCUACCUGUUCGGUACCAUCCAUGUCCCUUACACCCGGGUCUGGGAUUUCAUUCCCGACAACUCCAAGGCGGCCUUCCAGGCCAGUGCCCACGUCUACUUCGAGCUGGACCUGACUGACCCCUACACCAUCUCGGCUCUGGCCAGCUGCCAGCUGCUGCCGCAUGGGGAAAACCUGCAGGACGUGCUGCCGCGCGAGCUCUACUGGCGCCUGAAGCGCCACCUGGACUACGUGAAGCUCAUGAUGCCCUCCUGGAUGACGCCUGCGCAGCGGGGCAAGGGCCUCUAUGCUGACUACCUGUUCAACGCCAUCGCGGGCAACUGGGAGCGCAAGAGGCCGGUGUGGGUGAUGCUUAUGGUGAACUCACUCACGGAGACGGACGUGCGCUCCCGUGGGGUGCCUGUGCUCGACCUCUACCUGGCCCAGCAGGCGGAGAAGAUGAAGAAGAGCACUGGAGCGGUGGAGAGGGUGGAGGAGCAGUGCCAUCCGCUCAACGGGCUCAACUUCUCCCAGGUGCUGUUUGCUCUGAACCAGACCCUGCUGCAGCACGAGAGUGUGCGGGCCGGGAGCCUGCAGGCGCCUUACACCACCGAGGACCUCAUCAAGCAUUACAACUGUGGAGACCUCAAUGCUGUCAUCUUCAACCAUGACACGUCCCAGCUGCCCAAUUUCAUCAACACCACACUUCCGCCACAUGAGCAGGUGACCGCCCAGGAGAUUGACAGCUACUUCCGCCAGGAGCUCAUCCACAAGAGGAACGAGCGCAUGGGGAAGCGGGUCAUGGCACUUCUGCGGGAGAAUGAAGACAAGAUCUGCUUCUUUGCCUUCGGAGCAGGUCACUUUCUGGGGAACAACACUGUCAUCGAUGUUCUGAGGCAGGCCGGGCUGGAGGUCGACCACACACCUGCAGGGCAGGCCAUCCACAGCCCUGCUGCCGGGAGCCCAGCACCCCUGCCAGAAGGGACCUCGGCAAGCCCAGUGCCAGUGACGCCCGCCGUGGCCAUCCCCUCGUCAGCCUCAGUGACCCCAACUGCCCCUACUGAGGAGGAGGACCCAGCCCUGUCCCCACACCUGCUGCUGCCGGAUAGCCUCAGCCAGCUGGAAGAGUUUGGGCGGCAGAAGAAGUGGCACAAAAGGCACAACAGACACCAGCGGCCACGGCAGUUCAAUGACCUCUGGGUCCGCAUCGAGGACAGCACCACUGCCUCGCCACCCCUGCUGCCCCUCCAGCCUACCCACGGCUCCGGGACUGCCAAAUCACCCUGCCAGCUGUCUGAACAGCUCCACCAACAUGACCUGCCACGGCCCGCCAGCAGUUCAACGUCCAGCUGCCCUCAGCCCACCCUGGACCUCCUCCCCAGUGUUGCGGUCGCCAUGGCAGUUCCCUUCCUGCUGCAUGGCCAUGGGCCCUGCUGACCUCAGCCACCGCUACAGAGAAGCCAGAGAAGUCGUUGGUGGCUUUGCGGCCACCCCCACCUCCUGGGUGCCUGGCCCCGCGUGUGCAGGUGGCUGACGGGAUCGGUUAGGACACUACGCUUUAUGAUACCCGAGUUAUGUCUUCUUUUUUGUAGAAGGAUCUUAAUUUCCCAUAGUGCUAUGGGGCUCUCUUGUAAAAUAUGUGUCCAUAUUAAAAGAGAAAAAUGUAUUUAUUCUACCGAUAAAACUAUUCCUAUAUGGCCUAUGUUGUAACCCCUGAGUCAGCCCAGCAUCAGCUUGGGAUAUCUGGGGCCCCAUGCUGACUGUGGCUUUGAACUUGGCUUGCUCCCAGAUCACCAAAGGCUCCUGGAUCCAGUUUGGCCUCUGCCUCCUGCCUUGGGGUCCUCCCAGGGAGAGGUGGGCAGACAAGCUUCGUUUUUAUGAAACUGGAUUUGAGACCCAGAGGUCAGGUGCAAAUGGCCACCUGCUCCCCUGCUCUGGACAUGGCCCUGGGCCUGGGGAGAGACUUUAGGGAGGAGAAUGCUGCUAUUUAGGGAACCCUAAGUGUCUGUGAACUGGCCCUCCAGCACUCUCAGCAGACGGUUCCACCUACACCCUGGGAUGAGGGAGGGCAGGAUGCUGGCGCUAAGAGAGCUAGUCCCAGUCACGGACAGAUCAGUCAGCUGAGACCAAAGACACUGCCCACUUAGGGGCUGUCCCCCAGAACCCGCAGCCAGCAGAGAGCAAGGGCAUGA